CGCACCCCUCAGGCGGAACGUCUCACUGUUCUUCAUCCGCACGGCUCGCUGCUGAGCGGCUGCCGCCAGCUUGCGCCUACGCUGUAUGAGGGUGGCCGCCUCCUCGACGCGGCGAUGCUCGUGCGUUGCGGCAAGGCCAAAGCGGAGGACUUCGUCUUCUUCCGUGGGCGAGAAUUGCCGAUGUCGCCGAGAUGGCAUCUCCAUUUCUUCCCUGUAUUCGGUUGAAUCCGUGCCAAGGAUAUGCCCGGGCCCGCUUGUGAUGCGACCUGCUCGUGCGUCCCCCAGGCGCGUGCAGUGGGAGGACGACGAGUUCGCCGAGCAGCUGGCGCGUGGCGACUGGAUGAUCUGCCCGAAGGCGCGCGGCGAGUGGAUGGUCAACGCAAAGGGAGGCCACGGCUUGGGCGAGGAUCGUGCGCUGAGCACCGCCGAGCAGGAGCUGCGCGACCAGCGGCGGCUGCGUUCGUCGUGGGCGGCAUGGUCGCUGUGCGUGGAGAGCCUCGGCGCGGCGCACGCCCCCCUGCUCCGCUUCCGCCCUGACGCGCUCAAAGAGGCAAUUGAGCGGAUCAGCUUCCCAGAGGGCCCGCCUUCACGGCAGGACGAGCGAUUGGCCAACGCGCUGAGCGGCGGACGGAGCUACGCUGUGGGGGACGAGACGCCAGCGUGGCAGGAGUCUAGAGACGAAUGACUCGCUUACCUUCCUCGUUAUGCGGUUCUGCUGCUCUGACAUCGAGCGCACUUGUGCGUUGUGGCCCUGUGCGGUCUAGCUAGGUCUCCCCUCCCAAUGCACUCCCGACUAG